CACAAUUCACCCAUCGAGAAAGAAACAUGGCGUCCCUUAGUCUUAGUGAUCAGAUUUUACUCCUUCUGACCAAAAAAGAUGACGACGGGGGAAUUAGUUCUCUCGACCUGGCAGCCGAGCUGGGCGAAGAAGAUCAUCAAAAAGUGGUCGGAGCGAUUAAAAGUUUAGCCACGCUGGACGAUGUGAUUCGGACGGAGCAAUAUGUCCGAAAUGUGUUGAGUUUAACGGAGGAAGGAAAAAUAGUGGUGUCGCAAGGCAGUCAUGAAUUUCGCGUGUGGCAAAACAUCCCUGACUCCGGAAUCGAAUUGGACACACUUCUUCUCGGUGAUGGAGGGUCAACUCGUGUCGGACUUAACAAAGCCGUGGCUUCCGGAUGGGUUCGCAUCGUCAAAAAGGACGACGGCAAGUCGUGGGUGGAGCGGUGUCUUAAUGUCGAAGUCGUUGACGUCGUAAAAUCACAACUACUUCAAAUUAUUAAUGGGGAUUCUGCGCCUUUGGGGGAUGAUGUCAUCACAGACUUGAAACGGAGACGACUCGUAGUCUCAAACUCGGUGACCACAUUCACUGUUUCGCGUGGGGCGAACUUUUCCCAAAAUGUGGAACGACCCGAGGCCGAACUUACGGCAGAGAUGAUGGCGAACGAGGAAUAUGCGAAGAAGAAUUUCAAACCGUACAAUUUUAACGCGAUGGGGACCACGUUGCAGGGAGGUCAUUUGCAUCCAUUGCUUAAAGUUAAAGCCGAGUUUCUCUCGAUCCUCACGGAGCUCGGGUUCUCGGAAAUGCCCACUAAUCGCUUUGUCGAAUCGUCCUUCUGGAAUUUCGAUGCCCUCUUUGUACCUCAAAAACAUCCAGCGAGAGAUGUGCAGGACACUUUCUUCUUAGCCCGGCCUGAAAACUGUACUCGUCUCCCGGACGAGGAGUAUGUCGCCCGGGUGGAAAAAGUUCACACCGUGGGCGACUAUGGGUCCGACGGGUAUCAGACGCCAUGGCGGAGAGAAGAAACACAACGCAACAUUAUGCGGACACAUACCACCGCAAUUACUGGCAGAGUGCUUUACGAUUUGGCGCAACAAAAACCGUUCAAACCUGUCAAAAAGUUUUCGAUUGAUCGCGUCUUCCGGAACGAAACGUUGGACGCUACCCACCUCGCCGAAUUCCACCAAGUCGAAGGUUUCGUGGCUGAUCGUGGCCUAAGUUUGGGACAUUUAAUCGGCAUCAUGAAAGAAUUCUUUGGUCGGUUGGGAAUUGAUCAGUUGCGUUUCAAGCCGGCCUACAACCCUUACACGGAACCUUCUCUCGAGGUCUUUGCGUAUCAUAAGGGGUUCAAGAAAUGGGUUGAAGUAGGAAAUUCUGGUCUUUUCCGCCCCGAAAUGCUCCGACCCAUGGGACUCCCAGAGGACGUCAGGAUCAUCGCAUGGGGUCUUUCGCUCGAAAGACCGACCAUGAUUAGAUACGGGAUUAAUAAUAUUCGCUCCCUUGUCGGGCAUAAGGUAGAUCUACGUCUCGUCUAUUCAAACCCAUUGUGUCGCCUGGAUAAGGUGAGAGAGUCGUAAUUUAGUGGUCAUAAUUUUCUGUUGUACUUCAAAUAAAUGAUAAUUUGGAAAUGAACCAAUUUGUACCCUUUAUAAGGCUAACAAACACGAUACUGCUUACUGCAAGAUACACUACUGGCAAGAGUCAUAAAAAUUUAGCGUCACAGAGGAAAAAGUAGUGAUCUUUCUCAACUACAUGCAAUUUCGUAGCAAUUUAAAAAUAUUUUUGGGUUUUUAAUAAAAAUACAAAAUACAUUUACACGGGUGAGAUGUGUCUCAAAUUGAGACUCAAUCUCACAAAUAGGACAAAUACGUAUGUACGUCUAACAAACAAUCCGGAGUAAAGUUUUUGGAGGUGAGAUGAGACAGAUGAACAAAAUUCUAGGAAAAGUAGUACGCAUUUAUAUAAAACAAACAAAAUAAAUCGCUCAAUAAUAAAUUUUUGAAAAUAUAAAACUUAAAA